AUGCUGAAACGAUUCAGCAAGGCGUCUGUCGUGUCUCUCCAAUCUGGUUUCAUGGUCGUGCUAACCGUUUACCAAGUUGAUGAGAAGCUGUCUGAUCUGUGCAAGAUCAUCUGGGCUAGCUCGCGGAGGAGCUGGCGUCGCAGAUGCAGAUUCGGUAGAAUCGGGCUCGGAGAUGCUACCGGUGUGGCAAGGUUAAUCAGGACUGGUUCCACGCGAAAUGGAGUGUUUAGAUUCACUCCGGUGGAAGCGGUAACAGAGGUGUCGGGACAUUCGAAGUGCCGGCAGUUUGGCCGCUACCGACAUUCAAUGCGAUCUGAUCUCUCGUUGCACCAGCAGUUUGGCCUCUACUGGUGUUGGAGGUGA